ACCUGCCCGAAACGCUGCUCGUACUAGUGGCUUUACAAGAUUGUAAAUACUGUGCUAUGUAUUCUCACAAACCCAAUGUACCUUCUUGUAUAUAAAUAAAUAUAUAAAUAAGUGUUUCCUCUUGCCUGUGUUUUGUAGGUUGGAGGGAGUUUGUAUACGAUGUGUGGGUCCACUUGCCUGUGUGCAGACAAUGUCUGUUAUUGCAGACAUCGCAAUAUGCAAGAUGCAUUGCAAGACAAGUCACAAUAAAAUUAUUUUAAUUUAUCGUCUGCAUAUGGAUGUCACAUGUAAACCUCUUGCUCUGUUUAAUGUCUUCAAUUCUCUAUCUUACGUCAAAUGGCUUUUUCGGUAUUACUUAAUGCCCAUGCCUGCCUCACUCCCCACCCCUUGCCUGUGUUUUGUGGGUUGAGGGGAGUUUGUUUACGUUACGUCGGUCCCCUGGCCUGUGCUUUGUAGGUUGAAUGGAGUUUGUUUACAAUAUGUGGGUCCCCUUGCCUGUGUUUUGUAGGUUGAGGGGAGUUUGUUUACGUUAUGUCAGUCCCUUGGCCUGUGUUUUGUAGGUUGAAUGGAGUUUGUUUACAAUAUGUGGGUCCCCUCGCCUGUGUUUUGUAGGUUGAAGGGAGUUUGUAAAUGAUACGCGAGUCCCCUUGCUGGUGUUUUGUAGGUUGGAGGGAGUUUGUUUACGAUGCAUGGAUCCCCUUGCCGGUGUUUUGUAGGUUGGAGGGAGUUUGCUUACAUUACAUGGCUUCCCAUGCCUGCCCUCCAGUAUCUGAGACAUGAGUGGCACACACUUCUGUCCUGGGACCUCUGAAACACAAUGAAAUUCUUUACAAGGAAUUCAAGCGCAAUCAUCACUAGGAUGGUAUUAGAAUCUGCUCUUGGCUGGUACCAGGGACGGAUUGGUCUCUAUGACAAACAGUCGUGGGAAACAACUGUGGAACAAAGAAUACUUAAAGGUCUCUCAUAUACGCCACGCAAAACAGCCAAACCAAAGACAGAAUUUAUUGAUGUAGACUUAGUAAGAGGCUCAACAUUUCCUAAGGCAAAGCCACAUUCAGGAUUAUGGUUGGCUGGCCUACAUGGUGUCAUUCGUAUUGUUUUUCUCCCUUUGUAUUUUCGUUGGUGGAUCCACGAGACGUCCUGUGCUGGAUUCUUUGCAGUCCUUUCUAUGUACUGCUCCAUUUUUUUUUGUGGUGCUGUUUUGAUAGCAUAUAGGCACCAUGAAGGAGUUAUCAAGGAAGUGCCAGUGUUUGAGGUGAUGGUGCCAGCGGUUGUGCUGAUGGUCUUAAGUGUUAUCCACUCCCAAAUUGUGUGUACACGGCACAGUGGAAUGUCUUCUCCAAAUCACAGCAACAUUCCUAUGGCAGUUCGUUCCAGUAGGAGACUGAGACCACUGCGCAGAAGUUCCUCCCUUUCUGGAAGAGAUCGACUACUGUACUCAAGUCACAUUGAAGGAGCCAAGGUAAACAACCUCACAACAGUGAGGUGGGUGCCUUAUGAGCACAUCCAACACAACCUCAGCAAGUGCGUGUUCUGUAGCAGCUGUAAGCGUGAUGGAUCAAGACUCCACACACAUUUUACCAAGAAGAACAUGAAUUCAAUGAAAACCAAGUCUCCAUUCAAAACUUAUAGAUCUCAUUCAGAGGAACCAAGGUGUGAAGAAACCUAUACAUUACGGCCACGCUCUGCUUCUGAGAACAAUGUAUCGCCACGUGUGGACUCAAAUGGCAGGCCCAAAAUUAUUAUUUUCCAGUCUUUUAAUGAUUUAAGAGAAAAACAAGGUGAAAGACCAAGUUCCACCACCACCACCUCAUCAAGUGAUAGAAGCCCAGUAAUUGGUAGCGCUGAAGCUAGUCGAACAUUUCUGGAAAAAUUGGAAGAAAACAGACUGCCCAUUCUCAACUGUGCUAGUAAUUCUGACAGUGAAGAAAUUACAAUGAUUGUCAAUUCUACAGAGCUUUCAGAUGAAUACCAUGACAAAGAACAAAUCAGAAAUUGUCAGAAUAGAGCACACCUUAAAGAAGAAAAAAACCUACAUUCUAUUGGUAUGACUGAGGGCAAAAAAAAUCAUGUUCAGAAUUGUGGCAUGCAUCAUCAUCUACGGCUUCCAGAAUCUAGAAGACAAGACAUUGAUGGUGUGAGUGAUGGAGAAGAAGAAAGUGGAAUGGGGGAUUUAGAAAUGCCAACAACAGACACAGACAGUUGGAACAUCAACCAAGCUUUUAAACGACACCAUUGUCCCUGUAUGACUGAUCAGGUGUCUGAUGCCAAUAUAAAUCACCUUGGUUGCCGCUCCCCUCAUAAAAUGUCUGGUGUGGCUGCUCAGAGAAGUUCAUGCAACUCUUCUUGUGAAAGUGAUGCUGAACAGAGCCCGUCCCCUCAGUAUUCCAAAGCAAAGCAUUCAGAAUUUGAGUGGACAGGAAUAACAUCAAACAGUGAUGACCUUAGCUACAGCAGUGAGAGUGAGGGAGGUUGGGAUGACAAUGAAGAGUCCGAUCAAACGUUUCACUGUUCUGAGGCGUUAGACUGGAAUAUCCAGGGAUCUCCUGCAGCAAUCAUAACCUCAACAUCUAACAUGUCUGUUAAAGGUGCUCAUUCAAGAGUCUUUAAUAAACACUUGAAGGCAUUUGAAUGUCUGGGGAAGAAUAUACAUGUGGCCACCCCUUCAAGGAUGGGGAGUUCCCAGAGGGAAUGCGGCACCAAUGACAUAGUUAGCUGCAAGAUUUGGGAAGGAGUAGAAGCGAAGAAAGUAGAUCUCUCCGUGCUGGAUAUCUCUUCUGCAGUCAUCUCCAAGGUGGACAGCCUUCAACAUACAACUCACUAUCUACAGUUUGGUCUGACGAUGGCUACUGUGAUUGCUCUAGUACCCAGCAUCUACCGUGUGGACUACUCUGCAUUAGGUACAUUGUUGGAUAAUGUAGUCAUUAAUGGAUCACAAGAAUGGGUUCAAGCUCUGCAAAAGAGUACAGGGACAGUUUUCAUGGGACUAUGGUGCAUUGAUGGAUGGAUAUCUUCAGUAAUUUUUCUAAGCUGUGUGAAUCGAUUUGUUUUAGCAUUCGGGUUCUUCUUUCUUCUAUCUGUUGCUGAACGUACCUUCAAGCAAAGGUUUCUCUACGCCAAACAUUUCUGCUAUCUCACCUCGGCUCGCCGUGCUCGAAAGUAUGAUCUGCCACACUUCAGGCUGAACAAAGUUCAUAAUAUUAAAACAUGGCUGUCAGUUAGAUCAUGUUUGAAGAAACGUGGCCCACAGCGUUCAGUUGAUGUUAUUGUGUCUGCUACUUUUAUUAUCACACUCCUGCUUGUUUCAUACCUCUGUUUUGAGUUGAUGAAGGAAGAUGAAAAGACACAUCACUCUCUAUACACUUAUGAAUUAUUCUUCUGGUGUUUUGCAAUUGGCAUCUACCUAAUACGAUUCAUGACGCUGGGAGCCAUGAUUAAUAAGAAGUACUCUAGUCUGUCUGUCCUUAUCACGGAGCAGAUCAACAUGUAUUUACACAUGGAGCAGAAGCCACAGAAGAAAGAUGAGCUUACACUUGCCAACAAUGUUCUUAAACUGGUUUCAGUGCUCCUGAAGGAGCUGGAGAGUCCUUUCAAAAUAUCUGGGUUGUCGGCUAAUCCUCUGCUCUACAAUAUAACACGUCUUGUUGUCCUCUCAGCCUGCUCUGGUGUUCUCUCGGAUCUACUUGGCUUUAAACUUAAGCUACACAAAAUCAAGUUCAAGGAAUGAGUUUUGUAUCAUGUACUGAAGGUGUUGGUAUGGAUCUGCUUUAAGAGUUUAACUUGCUCUCUACCAAGGACUGAUAUGUAUACCAUUGCUUCUGACCAUUCAGAUAGAGAUGAAUGAAUGUCAUUAGUUUUAAAUCAAAUUUGUAUAUUAGUGUUGUUUAUACACCACUAUGUCAAUUAUUAUAUAUGUUUAAGUGUGUUAGUAAGGUGUUGUUGCAAUUGACUACUGAAUAAUACUCAAUUUGUAAGGUAUACUAAGGUUUUAAUUUAAGGACACUGCAUAGUGUUACUCUUAGGUUACUAUGAGCACUAAAUUGUAUUGAAAUUUAUACAAUUUAAAUUGACAGUGGUAAUCUAAUUUAUAUUUAACAUUAAAGACAGUUGCUUAUAGUAGCUUAUGAUUUUUUUACCAUAUUAUUUUUUGCCAUGUGAUUUUUAGUACAGUACUUUCUUAUUAUGUAAGUAUUUCAUUCUGUGUUUUCUUGUUUUUCCCUCAACCAUUCCUCUACCAAAUUGUCCAUACAUUGUGUCCAUUAUAUAUUUUGUAAUGAAUGUUCAUGAAUGUUCACAUAACAUGUUUUAACAUAAUUGUAUGAUAUUAUUCUAGCUUACACAAAGCCUUAGAUUAAAUUGAAGUUUGAUCAUGUUUUAAGGAUUGGUUUUAUGUAGGAAGAGAUGAUAGUUCUGCUUGCAUUAUAACAUUUAAGUACACUGCAUAGUGUCCUUCAAUGAUUUGACAAGAUACGCUGUAUGACCGGUAAUACUGUCAUGGUGGUUUAUAGUCAUAUCUUCAAGAUAAAUGUCUUUUAUGCUGUCAGUGUAGAGCAUACCAGCUUGAGUCUAGUCACAACUCAAUACUCAUAUCAAUUUAUUAUUUGGAAAAUGUGGGCAUGUAUUUGGAUUGCAGAAGCUCUUUUAAAUAGAUGACAUGUCAUUGUUUAUCUAAACUUUAAUGUAGGAUAAAUAUAACUUGUUAAGUUUUAUAAUCUAUGUAUUUGAUUGUUUAUGAAACCUAUAGAGAAGUAAAAGCUCUCAAUAUAUCUUUUAGACUUGUACACUGAAAAUGAUAUACAUAGUAUAUAUUGUACCUUCCAAUGGAGUCAUGGCUUUCCAAAGUCAUUAUCUGAAAAGUUGGGCUAGCUAAGGAAAACUGCUCCAAGUAAGAAGAAAAGACAGUAGUCGGUAAAAUCUAAAAGUUAAAAUUUGUGUAUUUAUAACAAAUUUAGAUAAUCCAAAUUAAAAUAAUUUUUGGUACAAAUUAUUCAAAUAUUUUAGGGUUUUUGAGACUAUAAUUUGUCUCAAAAUAAUGAAAAAAUAUUAAAUCAAAUAGCUAUUCAAAAUGUGGAAUAUUCCAAUUGGAAUAAGUGGUUUAUGAUUUUGGUAUAAAAAUGUGCAAAUGCAUGUUCUGUUGUUUAAGCUAACAAAAGCUUGCAUGUGGCUAAAUAAUAGCAAGAAACAAAGAAUUCCAGAUUCUUCAGAAGUUCAUGUUAACCAUAAUGGGUCCUGUCCCAGUUACUUUGUCACUGGAACUCCACUGUAUAUAGACAGUGUGUGUGUGUUUUGUUUUGGAAGCCGUCAUUCUUGUAGACGUCCGAAAUGCUUUGCUUAGCAAUUGCUUUAUUUCAUAUGCAUUUUGUGUAACCAAUUCAACCAAUACACCCUAUUGUUCUGUAUAUUUUAAUACAAAUUAUUAUUGUUUUUAUUGUGUUACUGAAUAUGAUCAAAACAAUUAAAAUAAAUUAUGCAUCACUAAUAUUUUACUCUUGA